CCAGUGCGGCGUUCUUGUCAGAAAUGAUUGGCUUCCUUAAAAUCGAAUUAAGUCUAACAGGAUAAUAUAGGGCCGCGCCGACAACCGGCAUCAGCGCCAAGCAGCUCGGGCACCGGCACCAAGCACCAGGACCAGCAGCAAGCCAUCGCGUGCGCGCCCGUAUGUGUGUGCGUGUGUGUGUGUGUACGUGCGUGCGUGCGUGCGCGUAAAAAAAAGAGCGAAAAAAACACAACAACACUCGCCACACACACAAGUCACAACAACGACAACGGUCGACGAACGGAGAGCUGUCCGAGAGUAUAGUGUCGUCGUCGUGUCGGUCGGGGUACUCGGUGCGAGUACUUACACUGCACUACAACGACCGUUCGCGUAGCCGUUUUUCCGUCACCGGUGUCCGUGUCGUCGAAACGUUAAACGUGCAACAUCGUUGGGCCUACCGAAGCGGUGGUGGCGUUCAGUAGCCCCCCGUGUGCUCGGUACGAGUGUGGUUGUUAUUGUUGUUGUUGUUGUUGUUGUUGUUGUUGUUGUUGCUGCUGCUCGUACACAGCGGUGGUGUAGAUUAAAAUUUCCGGUCGACCGUCCGUUUCACAUCAGCUGCUGCACACGGGCCGCCGUAUCGUGUACAUACACAUACACACACACACACACACACACAUACACAAAAUAUAUUCGCCACACCACCACCGCCGCCGCGCCGCCGCCGCAACGUCUUCUUCACUUGCUCGCCAGCUCUCUCUCUCGCACUAGCGCGCGCACACUGCCGCCGCCGCCGCCGUCACCACACCCAGCCGCGCGCCGGCGAGACGACCGCCCUAGCCGAGUGCGAGAUAUCGCCGUACCCACACACACUCACACAUACAAUAUACUCGUACACACUCACGUAUUAUACACGUCGUCGUAUAUAAUAUUAUAAUAAUAUACCACUCGCACACGUAUAUUAUUAUGUGUGCACGAGUGAUGUAGAUAAUAUUAUUUUUUGUGCUGAAUCGAACGCGCUAAAAAUCGCAUUGGCAUUUUUUUGCUCUCGUCUAGAGCCCUCCCGCGGCUAAGUGUGUGCGUGCGCGCUCGUGUCGUUUUUCUCGUGUGUGCGGCCGUCGCCCAUCGACGGAUACCGAGUUUCGUGUUUGAGUGUGUGUGUGUGUGUGUGUGUGUGUCGUGUGUGUGCGGCUCGCCUUCGUUCCGUUUUUUCGCGCGACCACCGAUCCCGCCGCCGGAUAUCCACUGGCCAACGAGACUGCCCAACACGCGAUUGGCGCCACCAACGCCGGCUCUACUAACGGCACCACCGCCGGCAGCACCGGCUCCAGAGAUGUGUUGUACAUGGACGAUGGCGUGCUGCCGGUUGUCGCCGCCUUCCUAGGAGGGUGACGGACGACCAGAGUCGUAGUGUUGGACAACGACGACACACGCCCACACGAACGGUGCGUUUUUGGUGAGGCACGGCGCGCUGCGGGUCACUGUGGAGUGGCACGAGGUGUCUGCUGCUGCUGGCCGCGUUGGUGGUGGUGGUGGUGGUGAGUACGGCGGGCGGACAGAGCAGCAGGUAAUAACGGACUCGCCGCGGCAGCCCACUGUCCUCCGUCAUCGUGGUGGACCGGGCCGCAAGGUGCUGCUACUGUCACCGCUGAAAUGGCGUGUUGCCUGUCUGAGGAGGCCAAGGAACAGAAGCGCAUCAACCAGGAGAUUGAACGACAGCUGCGGCGUGACAAGAGGGACGCCCGGCGAGAACUCAAACUCCUAUUGCUUGGUACUGGUGAAUCGGGGAAAUCCACAUUUAUCAAACAAAUGCGGAUUAUCCAUGGUUCUGGUUACUCCGACGAAGACAAAAGAGGGUUCAUCAAACUAGUAUACCAAAAUAUAUUCAUGGCCAUGCAGAGUAUGAUCAGGGCCAUGGACAUGCUCAAAAUACAUUACUCUGAUCCAUCAUGUUCUGAACGUGCGGAGCUCAUUAAAAGUGUAGAUUUUGAAACUGUUACAACUUUUGAAAGUCCAUACGUCGAAGCGAUCAAAGCACUCUGGGGAGACUCUGGCAUUCAAGAAUGUUAUGAUCGCAGGCGUGAAUACCAGCUCACAGAUUCUGCUAAAUAUUAUUUAAUGGAAAUAGACAGAGUGGCCAGUCCAAAUUAUCUGCCCACAGAACAAGACAUACUUAGAGUAAGGGUACCCACGACGGGCAUUAUCGAAUACCCGUUCGAUCUAGAAGAAAUUCGGUUUAGUUACUUAAGCGACUUAGCAAGAAUUGAAGCCCCUGAUUAUUUACCUACCGAACAGGACAUUCUACGUGCUAGGGCUCCAACUACAGGCAUUAUCGAGUACCCUUUCGAUCUUGAUGGUAUUGUCUUCAGGAUGGUCGAUGUUGGAGGCCAGAGAUCAGAAAGACGAAAAUGGAUCCACUGUUUUGAGAAUGUAACAUCCAUUAUAUUCUUAGUGGCACUUAGUGAAUACGAUCAGAUUCUUUUUGAAUCCGAAAACGAAAAUAGGAUGGAAGAAUCCAAAGCAUUAUUCAAAACUAUCAUAACAUAUCCUUGGUUCCAACACUCAUCAGUAAUAUUGUUUUUGAACAAAAAGGAUCUUCUCGAAGAAAAAAUCAUGUAUUCUCAUCUGGUAGAUUACUUUCCAGACUUUGAGGGUCCUCAAAGGGACGCCAUAAGUGCACGAGAGUUUAUACUAAGGAUGUUUGUGGAUUUGAAUCCUGAUAGUGAGAAAAUAAUUUAUUCACAUUUCACAUGUGCCACAGAUACCGAAAACAUUAGAUUUGUCUUUGCGGCAGUGAAAGACACCAUACUACAAUCCAAUCUCAAAGAAUACAACCUUGUGUAAUAUUGCACAAAUAACGCGAAACCCCAUAUGUUAAUAUUUUUUACUAUUAUAAUGUUAAAAUAACAAUACGAUUAGUAUAAAUCCUAAUUAUAUAUAAAAACAAACAACAAAAAAGUAAAAAAAAAAAAACGAGAAAAUGUAUCCUAUGUUUUUUGUACAAUAUUUUUAACAGAGUACGUUUUCUCUCACAUUUUUAUCUCCAUGAGUGUCAGUUUGUUAAUGUUGGUGUCGUGUGUGAGUCGGUGUAAAUCCGUCAUGAUUUCGAUAACAUAACAUAUAAAGGGUAACUUAAAUUUUUUUUUAAUACAAAUUUUUUACUUAUGUAAAAAUUAAUUGAAAGAAAAUUAUGAUUAAUACUUUUUAUAAGAGCGCAUUUUUUUUUAAUUUAAUUUAUUUUUUUUAUUUAAAAAAAAUAUAUGGUUAAUCUCCUAUAUGAUGUUCAUUGCAUUUAACCCUUAUGUUAUAAUAAUUAUACAAACUAUAUAAUAUUUAAAUAUUAAAAAAAAAUGUCAAUAUGAAAAAUAUUUGUACAUAAAUCUAAUGAGAUUAAGAAAUUAUUAAUAUCAGAAUAUAAAUGUUUAAAUGUAAGUAAAAACAAAACAAAAAACAAAUGUUAUCCCCCCCCCCAUUACCUAAUUAUUUAUAAUUGUUUUCUUAAAUGAAAAGUUAUUUUUAUUUUAUUAACAUCAUGAGGUGGAGGUUUUACUUGUGCAAUUUUAAUAAUUUAUUAAACCCUUAAAUUUAUAUAAGGGUAGUUCUAGUCAGUCUCGUUAAAAACUAUAAAACAUACAUUUUAAGCAAAUAUUGUGAAAUUUUCUGAGUUACCUGUGUAAAUUUUAUUGAUUUUAAAAAAAAAUUGUAAUUUUUGGUAUUUAUAUUGAUAAUCUAUGGGAAACAUCUCAACAUUGUGCUCACCCCAUUUUCGCUCUGUAUUUUAUUUAAAAUUUAAGACACUCGUUUUACUUGUUAUUAUUAUUAUUAUUAUUAUUAUUAUUAUUAUUAUUAUUUAAUAUUUAUACAUAUAAUUAUGUGUUUGUGUGUGUGUGUGUGAGUGAAUGAAUGUGUGAGUGAAUAUAUUAUGCUUAGAAAAGUCGAGAGGAUUAACCUCGACAAUCAAAACAUAUUAUACUAUCAACAAAUGGCGCUAAUUUUUCUUAUCUUUUAAUAAUUGUUUAUACAUAUUAUUUUAAAAAAUAAACAAGAUCUCCCCUCACAAUUUAAAAAAAAAUAAUUAACAAAAUUAAAUGAUUUUAGUAGUAGUAGUAGCAGAAGUUAAUUUUAAUAAAAAUAACGAUUAAUAUGAUUAAUAUAUUUUCUUAUAGGACAAAUACAUACAAACACACAGGUAUCGUGUAUUAUCCAAACACCUCAUCAAACACUUCCAUACUAAUAAGUGAUAAAAAUUAUCAAUGUAAUAAGUGCUCUUUUGCUUUUCUAUUUGUUUGCAUGAAUCUUCAUCUGACCAAUUCACCAAUAUAAUGAAUAAUGAGUACCUCCUAGUUAAUAUUAAUAAAAUAAAUACACGCCCAUUUCUACUUCUUCUGCUACUGCUACACUUCUGUUGUUUCAUUACACAGACCAAAAUCAGUGUUCUUAAUCAGUAUCUCAUCUUUCAUAUUUAUUUUUUUUUUCAAAAGUAUUUUAGUGAGAAUUUUCAAAUGUAUCAUCGGACUGACCUCGUAAAUAAAUAUGUAUAAUGUACGUCUAAUAAUAAUGUUAAUAUAAUUAAUUUUUCUGGGGUGAUCACAUCAACUCGACCACCUGGUGUAUUUUAAAUUUAAUGUAUUUUUUUUCCUUUUUCCAUUGUAUAAAUAUUGUUUUAUACUAUUGCAAGCCAUUAUUUUCAAUACUUUUAUAAUAUAUGGUAAUAAAAUAACAUAAUAUAUAAAACG